GUGUUUGUAGGUUAUGUAUUGUAGACGAAAUGGUUUUGUAAAUUAAAAGAAAUGUAUCCAAAAUUUAAUAUAAUUUUUAAUAUGGAAUUAGCACUCGUUGCUAUCGCCACAAUUCUAUGUAGUAUAUUAUUAGUGAAAUUGCUUUAUAAACUACGGUCAAUCUUAAUUUGGCGUGUCAAUUGUUGGUUCUGUAAUAACAAUUUCUGGAUGAAAUACGUGAAUCGCAAUAACUGGACGUGCCCAAAAUGCGAACAAUACAAUGGAUUUACAAAGGAUGGAGACUACAACAAAACAUUAUUCAAUUCUUCAGAUCAAACGAUCAAGUCCCCUAAAGUAUUUCAGACGAGUCCUCCAAGAAAUGGUUUAUGUAAAAUGUGCAAUAUAAACCAACAGUUAAAAGUAGUUCAGCUUGCCAAUUUUGUUCCUAUGAAUGAGAAAAAGUUUGAUGAAGAAAUAGAAUCGUACAAGGCCCAAUUAGAAAAAGCGUACAAGUUAUGUAAUGCUUGCAGAAAAGUACUGCAAUUGAAAUUACAUAAAGAGAAAGAAAUACUUUUAGGUACAAAACUUUUGGAAAAUAGAACUCCAGAUAAAAGACAACAAAAACAAGUAAAGCAAAAACAAUUAUUUAAAGCGACCAUCAAUAAUACAUCCAUGUUUAUUGCUGGCAUACUGGUGAUAUUUGUUUCUAUUGAGUGCUACUUGAAUGCAUUGAAGUUUGAAAAUUUACCUAGUAACAUAAGAAACAUUGUAGAUAUAAUGUUAGGCCUUAUAGACAGGAUUGUGUCUAUAAUUAAAAUGAAGACAAUCUUGACAUUCCCAUCGCUAGAAAAAUAUUUUUACUUUGAAAUGCCUGUGAUGGAAAACCUGAUACCAAAACUGUAUUCAUUAGAUGAAAUAGAAGGACAUCUUUCACUGACACAGAAAGCUCUAGGAGGUUUUGUAUGUUUAAUACAAAUCAUUGGACAUUUAUGGAAUAUUAAUAAAUUGAAUUAUACAAUCAUAAUAGACUUACUGUGGUCAGUAUUUGUUUUCACAUCUAUAGUGCACCAAACCCAAUCUAUAGACCCAAUAUUUAUGAGCUUAAUUAAGUUGACAAGUGUCUUAGCUGUAUUAUUAGUAUAUAAGAAAAUGAAAAACAAGAGCAGGAUUUCAAAAGCUUUAAUAACUCCAGUGAAAGUGAAGAAUUUAAUAAAUGGAACCGUUACUUCAUCAAUUGACGAAGAAGACAAUUUAUCUUUAGAUACUGAUGAUGACAUAUCCCUUUGUAAAUUUGGGCUACAUAGUUUUACAGAUUCAUCUCAUGAGACAAUAUGUCCUCAAAAUACUGUUCUAAAUGGCAGAUCAUUCACCCCACGCAAUGAUAAUUUGUGGAAUAAACCCAAACACAAUUCAACUUUCUGUGUAAAUUCUGUUACAUGCAAAAGUCCAAGCUCAGUAUCAGAUAAUGUAUUUAUUAAACCAUCUUUUGAUAAAUAUCAGAAGCUCAGUAAGGAUGAUUCAGAUUCAGAAUUAGAUGAGAGCAUCAGCACCUUGUGUAUAGGCAGUCCCAGGAAAAACAGGCACAGCAAUUCAAUAUUUACUCUAAGAAAAUUCACUGCCACUCCUUGUUUUGUUGCUCCUACACCACUAAAUCGGGCUAGGCCACUGAUAUCACCCAGCAAAUUAGGCCACAGCACUUCCUGGGUCGCCGGAGGCUAUUGGGGAUCGGAUGGAGAGCGUCAAAUGUUUAACAUUGACGGUAGUCGUUCUUCAAGUCAAAGUUCAGGGUUUGAGUCUCAGGCUUCUAGUUUAAAUCAACGUAACGUAUUCUCGCAACCCCCUUCACGCGAGGAGUCAAUAUGUAGUGAACCCAUGGCAGUCGAUAACUGCCGUUAUAAUAAUCAAACUGGUUAUAGAAAUUAUCAGGUUCCACAGACUUUUUCUCAUGUAAGCUCACCUGUAUAUCCCCAAAUGCAGUAUAAUAGUUAUGUUCACAUACCUCAGCCCCGAUUUGCUCAACAAAAUAUAACCUCCACUAACAUAUUUGCACCACCGCGACAAGGCUUUGUGCCUCACGAUAACUUCAAAACCCCUGGUGGGUCUGGACUGAUCAAAUUGCCACAGGUGAACUCUUUCUCACAAUGAAACAACAACUAGGUUGUGUGACAUUUCUAUGAUUUCUUUGACUCUUAUUUUGCCUUUUAUUCUUUGAUAUACUUUUUUUUUAUGUUCCAAUGAACUGCCAAUGUUAUAUAUAGGAAUAAAAUCUUGUUAAGUUAUAUCACAUAGUUGUAAGUAAGUGGUUAAUAGUCGUAACAUUUGAGACUAAACAUAGAUUUAAGAAUAUUUUGCUGAUCUCGUGUUGGUGCCAGGUGAUGGCUAUAUGAAAGCAUUAAGAAUUAUUGUAUUGUUACAAUUUUAUAUGGACGUCACUGUCCUCUUCUCGAACAAAAUGUGAUAUUGUAAAGACUAGUAAUUUUGCAAAAAGUGCAGAAAAAUGAUUCUUGAUGUUUAUCAUUGUUUUGAUUUUGUCAUUUUAAAUCUGAAACUUUUUGUGAAGCUCCUGCAAUAAAUUAAUAUUGUA